GGUUGUCUGUGGCUGCUAAAGUCUUGGAGGGUCGCUGAACUGUUGUGGGUCUCUGGCCAGGAAGGAUGAGCUGUGCCUUGGGGAAGGUGCUGUUCCCGAGGAAAGAUGUCUUUUCAAAACAGGCCUUUUCACUUCUAAGAUUCCAACUGAAAGGAGAGAACCCUAGCUGUUCUGCAGGCAGCAUUUUACUGAGCAGCAGACGGCCCUAUAAGUCCCAGCCCACCCAUGGCAUCGGCAGGUACAAGCACCUGAUCAUUGCACCUGAGCCCAAGAAGAAACCAGGGAAAACUGAGAUGAAACCAAUUUCCCAUGGGACAGAUUACAGUCAUGGAGUGUUAAAUGUUCACUUGACAGCUUAUGACAUGACCCUCGUGGAGAACUUUUCCAAGUAUGUUCACAACCUCUGCAAUAACUUCUCCAUUAAAGUGGAGGAAAGCUAUGCUCUUCCCACCAAGACCAUGGAAAUACUGCAGAUGCCAGAGCAAGGCAAUAAGAUGUUUCUGGACUCAGUCCUGACCACCCAUGAACGAGUGGUCCAGAUCAGCAAUUUGAGUUCCACAUUUGCAUCGAUUUUCUUGGAAAUUCUUCAGAGCAAUCUGCCAGAAGGAGUCAAUCUCUCAGUAAGGGAGCACACUGAGGAGGCUUACAAAGGAAGGUUCAAAGCUCGACCAGAACUAGAAGAAUUAUUGUCCAAAGUAAACUAAGGAUGUAUUUGAAGUACCUCCUGAAUAAAUGGAUCUCUGCUGGGUUACAAAAUUGAAGAAGAUAUGGACUCUUAGAGACCAUCAGCUUCUGCUUCCUCAGCCAGCAAACCACCUAUUUUCUUGUUGUCUAUAAAUAAAACCAUGUGCUUUGGGCCUGUGAAA